AUGUUUCGUCGCUAUGAAGGCAACGGUAUUGGAGUCCGAGGCUACAAGUUCAGAAUUAGACUAAUACGCAAUUCAAACACCCAAUCACCAGACCUGUGCGCCUCCCUCAUAAAGACCCAUAACAAAAGAAAUGUCUUCAUGAAAAAGGCCAUGUCAGAAAAAGAUUACAAUACCAAGUGA